CAGUUGUAUAUCUAUAAAUUUUACAAAAUUAUAAAUCUUUUAUUUGUAAGUUCUCUUUAUAAACUGUUGGCUGAGAACCAUCCCCCCCGGUCUAGGGACACAGAUGAACAGAGAACACCAGCACAUCAGUGCCUGUGUUUGUAUGGUGAGGAAAUAUUAACAUCAGGAAAUGGCAGAAGCAGUUUUUCACCCCCCAAGAAGGAAAAGAAGAGUUUUUGAGUCUUAUGAGGGUCCCUUCCCUGUGGAUGUGGGUGGGAAGGAUUUCAGAAUGUGCCAGGCUGAAAUCAUCAACAACAAUGUGAUUGUGAAGAACCCAGAGGAUAUUGAACAGCUCUAUAACAAGGGCUAUUUUGGAAAAGGAAUCCUUUCAAGAAGUCGGCCGGUGUUCAGCAUUUCAGACUCUCUGCUGGUUGCUAAGUGGCAAGGUGUUAACACAAACAUGCCUAUAAUUACAUCUCAAAAGUACCAGCGACGUCUUCAGUGGGCCAGGAGUGUUUUGCAAGAGCAAGGCCUUGAUGACUGCUCAGUUACCCAAAUCCUUGAAAAUUACACCAAACCUCUGGAGCUGACGGAGGAUGGAGCUGAACAAACCGUUAGUGACAGAAUGGGCCCACACAGAGAAAAUACUGAACUUUCCAGGCAACCUUCUGCAGAUGCUGGCAGUGCUGGAGCCCUGAGUGCCGAGGAUCAGAACGGGGGCUCCAGGAAAGCCUGUCUGGAAGGAGAUGCAGGGAUGGGCCCUGUGUGUGGCUCUAAGGAACAGGAACAAGGUGACUCCAGAGGGCUGGAGGAAGGGUCCUGCCAGAAGGGUGGUGCUCCUGUGCUCUGUGGCUGUGAGGGGAAGCAGAGCCCUGACCAAAGGGCUGGGCAGGGGGGCGAGGCAAAGGAAAAUGCUCCAGAAUAUGUGUUGGUGCAAGAGGAAGAAGAAGAGAGCUUAUGUCCUGAAGAUGACUCUGCUUGUUUACAAGGAAAUCUUGUCAAGAAGGAGAAACUGGUAUGUAGAAAAAAUCCAUUUAGGAUUUUUGAAUAUUUACAGCUCAGCUUGGAAGAGGCUUUUUUCUUGGUGUAUGCUCUGGGAUGUUUAAGUAUUUAUUAUGGUGAGGAGCCCCUGACCAUCGUGCAGCUGUGGGAGGUGUUCAGCGAGGUGAAGCCUGAUUUCAAGACCACCUACAUGGCCUAUCACUAUUUCCGCAGCAGGGGCUGGGUGCCCAAGGUGGGGCUCAAGUAUGGCACCGACCUCUUGCUGUAUCGAAAAGGCCCCCCCUUCUAUCAUGCCAGUUACUCUGUCCUUGCUGAAUUGGUGGAUGAUGAUUUCCAAGGAUCUCUCCGCAGACCUCUCAGCUGGAUGUCCCUGUCUGGGCUCAACAGAACAACUGCUAAUGCUUCCAAGGAGCUGAUGCUCUGCUAUUUGAUUAAACCCUCUGACAUGACUGCAGAGGAGAUGUCGAGCCCAGAGUGUAUGAAGAGGAUCAAGGUCCAGGAACUGAUUGUCAGUCGUUGGGUUUCUUCCCGCGAGCGCAGUGAGCAAGAUGAAGCUUAACUGACUGCAUAGGAAAAAGUCACUUUUUUAAAACCACUUCUUGUUGUUUUUUACCUGAUCUCAUGAUGACCCAUUGCCUCAGAACAGCUCCUGUCUACACAUACAGUUGGUUUGUGUAAAUGCUAUUUAUAGUGA